AUGUAAUGUAAAAAGAGUUAUGUCUAUAUUUCCCGCGUAAAUCGUGCAGAGAGCCAAACAAAUAUACCGCUUAAUUUAAACAUUUAACAAUGCCCCCGCAGAAAGAUGGAUUGGCACUUGAAACAUUGCCAAAUGAAAGCUUGUCAGAGAAAAUCAAAGAUGCCUAUGCAGAACAAGAAAAACGGUAUGCAUUAUGUAUUAUUUUAAUAGUUAUGUCAGUCGUAAUUUCCGCAUGAAAUUUGGUGAAAUUAAAUUGACCCAACGAACGACCUAGUAAAGGAGGACAUGAUAAAGCAAAAAGGAGGACAAAGGAGGACAUGAUAAAACAAAGGACACAAAGGAGGGCAUUUUGAAUUUUUUAUGUGAGUCGUCCCGGAUUAAACUCAGUCAGCACAAUUUUAUUGUAAUAGCUGCCGGCCAUGCCAAUGAAUUAAGUGUAUCUUAUUUUUAGUGGAUCGACCAAGAAACAGUCACGUUAAAAAAACAAAUUCAAUAGACGCCUUUUUCAAAAUGUCAUAAAACAUUAUUUAAAUAGCCAAUUGUAGAAUUAUUACCUUAUGUAAUAUGUCAUGUAAUUAAUAAAGAUUAUAUUUCUCGGAGGAGCCAACUUUCCGCAGAAGAUCCUCGUUAGCAAUCACAUAUGCAUAAAACUUCACAUUUAAGAUUCUUCAAAUGGUACUUUGUAAGAAUAAUGCCCUUUACAGAGUCGAGUACGAGUAUAUUCCUUUCCUUUGUCCAUUGAGCAUUAAUCAAGAAGAACAAUAAUAAUUGCCAUUGUGUCCAGGAAUACAGAAGAAAAAUUCACAAAUUUUAAGUAACUGAUAAGCAACAUUCAUUUGGGCAACUUUGGAAAAUAAACUCCACUUUUCAUGCAAGAGUCUUUCAAAAAACUUCAUUUUUUUCUUGUACAAAUGAUUUAAGAUUGCAGUAUUGGUCAAACAAUUGCACAUCAUCUACAAUAAUACCCUUCUCUUUCAGAUACAAUAUGCAUGCCAAAAGGUCAUCAAAUUUACAGUGUUUGAUUUUAUCUAAGUACAUUCAAUUAAAGCAUUGAAAUUCAUCAAAAUGUUUUAACCACUCCUUUAAGUAACUAAUGCAUGCUUCAUACACUAACUUAACAUCUGCCAUAAAAGUAUUAUACUCUUCUUCUCGACCACUUUCCUAGAAUGUUAGAAUGACUAAAAUUGACUGGUUCGCAGAAAUGCAUAGACUUUUUACAUUGUAACAACGUAAACAUACGAUUUAAUAUUUUAAUAAUAAAAACAAUACAUAAAAAUUAUAAUAUAAAAUUGUAAGAAAAGCUGGACAUUUUACAAGAUUUUAGCUUUGCCUGUCGGACGGAGGACAAUGAGCUAAAAAGGAGGAUGUCCCCCUUUUGGCGGACGUCUGGCAAAUCUGUAUUAGAAUGAUUAGUAGAAGUGAGAUUUAAAAAUUAAAAUAUUGUUAUAAUAAGGCCUACUUUGAAAAUAAUAUUAAAUAAAAUAAGGCUAAAAUAAAAUAAAUAGGGCCUACAACCAACUACCACAAAAAUUUAAAAAAAUAUUCUUAUACAUUCCAAUCUGUGGGAUUAAAAACAGCACAACACACGGUCGUCCUUCGCCUAGCUCUAAAUGCAAAAAUAUUAGAUAAAUUUGGACUAUCUGCACCAUGGAGUUUCCUACAGCUGCCAUCUUGGUUGCCACAACCCAUAAUGUCACAGGUCAUGGAAACCAAGAUUGUGGCUGUGUAAAAAAAAAAGUGGGGGGGGGGGUAAAUGUUGAGAAUAAUGCCCGCUAUCUUCGUUAAUUCUGUCACUAAUGUAUCCCUAAAUCGAUCCCUAUGCCUAACCUGAACCCUAAAUCAAUCCCUCAACCUAACCAAAACCCUAAUUCACUGCAACCAUAAUAAACACACAAAUGACGUCAUGGUCAUGAUUCUCAACAAUAGCCAAAAAAAGAACUCACCUCUGCUAAAAUUGGAAUAAAAUGUUUAAAUUUAAUGCAAAAAUGACAGCCAGUACAUAAAUUUCAUGGUGAACGUAGCUACUUUAUUGUAUAAAUCUAGAUAUGCGGCAAGAAAUGUCAGCUACCUGCCUUAGCCAGCGCCCUUUCCUCGCGUAAUUUCAGUAGGUACAUAUAUUUUGUGGUGAACUUAUCAACUUUAUUUUAUUCCUUUGACUUGGAUAUGCAGUCGCCUCCUUUCAGCCAUAAUUUCAGCCGGUACCUGCUUCAUUCCCUCAACUAAAUCACAUGGAAGUCGUGUAAUUGUAAAAUAAUGACAACCCAACUUAGUUUCAUAGAAUACGCUUUUACACGCUUUAUUUCAGGCUCCACCAAAGAGAAAUCCAAAAUUUGUCAGAAAAUCCAUACAUUACAUAUUCAUUUUCCAAUAUUCAAUAUGCCUGAAAAUUUAAAUAUUUUUGUAAUUAACCAACAAAUGAAAUUUUAAUUUAAAACAAUCUUAUUGUCUUAUUAAAGAAAAGUUAACUCUAGUAACAACAACCAGAAGGGGAGGGAAUUCAACACAGAAACUUAAAAUAAACACGUAAAUGACAUCUGGGCAUGAACUGCCUGUUUUAGCCACAUAUUCAAUUUACAAAUAGAAUACUACUUUGCGGGAAUUCAUUUAUGGCGAUAUAGCCUGGGACUGAUUAAACGCAAUAAAUUAUAAACAAGGGACGACUGCAGCAUGAAAAAAAAGCAAAAAAUGAAAGGUUUAAGAAGAAAAAGUCUUGAGCGUUAAAAAAAUGUGUUGAGUUAGAUGCACUAUUUAAACUAGGGGUGUGCCGGAAUCCGGUUCCGCCGGAUUUUGCACUAUCCGGUGAAAUCCGGUUCCGCCGGAUUUACAUGUAUCCGGAACAACCGGAUUCCGGAAUCCGGAAUAUACCGGAUUUCGGAAUUUGCCAGAUUUUGUGACUCACCGGAUCAUAAUCUGAAAUAAAAGUAAUUCUCUUUCCCGAAUUUCACACGAUCACGAUACAUUAAUCGAUUGUUUCGAGCGUUGAGCUUGUUUAAUGUUUAAUAUUCCGUACAUACCAGAGGCUAGAGUCAGCACCGCUAAUAGUGGCCAAUAGUGUAGGGACUUUGAUAAGAAAAUUUAAACUUUUUGUAAAAAUAAACCAAUGGCAUAGUUGAAAAGAUGUAAUUUUUUAAAGAAUUAUAACACCAAAAUCAUAUUUUUAGCUGUUGUAGUUUUAAAGUUAUGAAUUUUUAAAGUACGACUUGGUUUGUCAUUUUUUAACAUGGACUGCAUCUCCACAUUCUGUGAUCUCAUUCCACCAAUCCCGUCAUGCGCAAUGACUAUAUAGUUUAUAUAAGGCAACGCAUUCCCUGCCUUAUCACUAAAAUACUGUUUAGACUUAGUUUAAACUUUCAACUUUGGCACAUGAAUAAUUAAUUAAAGCUUUCCCUGACCAAUGGUUUAAUAGUUUUUGCACACGGCAAACUCUUAUGAAUGAAACUCUGAGGUAGUACUACGAUACAGUUAUGCAAGUGGCUGUGAAUGGUUGCCAAUGACAACGUGUUGCACACGGUAAAUUCUGAUCAUUUAUAAUAUGGAUUCUACCGGGUUGUUAAAGCUCAAAUUAAAACAUUCCAGUUUAAAUGUCUUUAAAUGCAUUCUGAAACACAAGUUAUCAAUUAUUUUGAUGUAAAUAGUGAUAAUAAAUUAAUAUUUCCUAAGUAUCGUCAACUUCCGCCAUUAAAAAGGGGGGCGUGGCCAACCCCAUGGCGAAAUUAGGUUGAGCGAGCUGCAUAACCUGCUGCGAACGCGUAGAAACAUGGCGUCUCUCGUAAGACACUUAUCCAAAUGGAACGGAACUCAAAUAUAUAUCGAAAGUACUAAUUUAAUAAUAAAUAGACACACACAUCGGAAAAUUAAAAACUCGGAUUUUUUGGCGCCGAUUGCGAAUUCCCAUACACAAAAAGUAGUAGUCCACCUUGACUUACCGAAGUAUCUACCAAUAGUACCAAAAUCCGGAAUCCUGGAGAAACCGGUAUCCGGAUCCGGCGGAUUUCGCAUAAGAAAAUCCGGAUCCGGUUGGAAAAAACGGAUCCGGCACACCCCUAAUUUAAACUGUUCUUCUUUUACUGAAAAGAUAAAAUUGUUUUAGUGACAAUAUAAAAUUCAUUUUAUUGAUCCCAAUAAAUGGAAAUGUUUUUUUAUGACAUAUUUUUCAUUGUAGAUAUUCAUUUCAGCACAUACAAGACAAAAUUGUUAAUUGUAGAGGAGGAAAGGCUAAAACAUUAGUUCGCUGCAGUAAUCUCAGGGACAAUACCUAUGCAGUAAACUUACACACCAUUAUUAUAAUUCAUAAUAUAUGUCUAUAGCUCUCGAUCCCUAUAUUUUGGUUUCCAAAUUUUCUUUUUGAGGAGUUAGACACUUGUGAAGACUAUAAUAAUUUUUUUAAAGUAAAAUGCUUUUUACUUUUUGGUUUUCAAAUUUUGAGUCAUGGCAAAGUUCAAAAUAUAAAUACCAAAAUUUGGAAAAUGUCAAAUGUCUGAAAUCGGUGUUGAAAAUGAAAUAACGUGGAAUAGAACAAAUUGAUGAAUGCUUUCAAAUUAGAUAGUUGUCAGAGUCCAAAUGGCUUUUUUUAAACCCAUUUUCAAUUUUGACUUUUAAUAGCUAUGAUGAGCAGCAAUAUCUGGAUGCAAUUAAGAAUAUCAUGGAACGUGGAUAUCUCAGAAGUAACAGAACAGGGAUAGACACAAAAUCAAUAUUUGGAAUGCAGAUGCGAUACAGUCUUCGUGGUUGUAAGUUGGGAGAAAAUAUGAUUUUUGAGUGACCAUUUAGCAUCACAUUGUUAGUUAAGUAUGUAAAUGAUUUUAUAUUCACAUUUUAAACAAUAUUUACUUUAAUGUCAUUGAAUGAUAUAAUAGUUCUAAUCUGCACAAGUUUGUCAACUCUUUUUUUUUACUUCUAAAAAAAUAUAUGAAUAUACAAGACAUUUGUGCUAUGUAACCUAAAUGAACUCAUGGGUAUAGGUGAAUGAAAGGUGGUAAAAAAAAAAGUUUAUCCUUCUUUAAUUGGUGCUUGGUUUCUUUCAUGUCUAUACCAAAGUCUGGGGGUUAGGAUAAAAAUAAAGUUAUUUAUAAACCUUAAGAGUUUUACAUAUCAGAUGAGAUAUAUGUAUAUUGCACAUAAUUUACUCACAAAGUGAAUCUUUCUCAAUAGCCUUUCCUCUUUUGACAACUAAAAGAGUAUUUUGGAGAGGUAUUCUAGAAGAGCUGUUGUGGUUUAUUCGAGGCUCAACAAAUGGUCAUGAGUUGGCUGAAAAAGAUGUUCAUAUAUGGGAUGCAAAUGGGUCUCGAGAAUUUUUAGAUCAUAGAGGACUUCACGAUCGAGAAGUGGGUAAGUGUAAAAUUUCUAUCAAAACAACUUAUAGGACUUGUGAUAGGGCUUGUGCUUGUUCUGAUUCUGACUGCAGGUGUGUAGCUAGCUGAUGAGACAGUUUCUGCCAUGAAAUGUUACUGUGCAGUAGUUGCAAAAGAUUGAUGGGACAUCUCCAGGUGCAGAAUUAACCCUGACUUGUCUUUUGGUGCUCUCCAGCUGCUGUUCCAUUGGUUUCAUGUUGCAUAUGUAGCUUGUGAUAAACGGUUUAUGUGUAAAUUUAUUUUUUUUAAAGCUAUCAAGUUUUCAACACACUCCUAUUAAAACUAGCCUGCAAUGUAUGAUUAUUUAUGUAAAUGCAAACAUUUAUCUUAAUAUUUCCAAUUCUGUAAGUCUGUAAUGCUAUGAAUUAUAAUGUUUGUUAAUUUCUCUGUAUCAGGUGACUUGGGCCCAAUCUAUGGGUUUCAGUGGAGACAUUUUGGAGCAGAAUAUCAAGACAUGCAUUCUGAUUACACUGGCCAGGGUGUUGAUCAGUUGAAUGAUAUCAUACAGAAAAUAAAGAAAUCUCCUAAUGAAAGAACCUUGGUUAUGUGUGCAUGGAACCCAAAAGGUAAAUUAAAAAAGUUUCUUUUGGAACUAAUUAUAUACACGAUAAAUCUCAUGAAACCCAAUGGUUUUAACUUGUCUUGAACCGAUAAGUGAAGGAGUUUGUUUAGUUGAUGAGAACCCCUUCGGUCACUCCAGAGUGCUUAAAUGGUAAGGCUUGUUUUUGGUGAACUGUGUUUUACAGAAAUUUAUUAAGUCUAAUUUUAUUUUCUGUUAGUUUUAGGUUGAACUAUUCUGCAUUAAUUCCCUCAUAAUACUAUCUUGUUUGUAGUAUACAUGAAUAAACUUCUAUACCUUAAGUUUGAAUCAAACCGCUGAAUAUUUUUCAUAAUUGUUUGUUGAUGCCAUUGAUAUUACACUAUAGCUCUUUGAAAACUUGAUAAAUUUUACACCAGAGUUUACACAACAAUAAUUUCCUGUUUUACACAACUUUCAGAUCUACCAAAAAUGGCAUUACCCCCUUGUCAUUGCCUUUUCCAAUUUUAUGUGGCCGAUGGAGAAUUAUCAUGUCAACUUUAUCAACGAUCUGGGGAUAUGGUAAUUAAUUUAAUUUUUUUAAAAAGUACAAAUCAAGAGUAUUUAGUUUAUAUUUUAAAAUACUUUAUUUUUAUUUAUAAUAUUUAAAGCAAAUGUAUCGUUUUAAAAAAAAUCAACAGAAAUAAUUGAAUUUAAUAUUUAUAUCAUCUAUAGCAAAAAUAUUAUGAAUGUGUUUUAGUUGUUAGAUUAGCUUACAAUUAUAUUAAGCGUGCACAUAUAGAGCUAUACACUCAUGACCUAAAUAUUUUAGAAUAUUUUUUCAGUAAAUACUGACAUGAUUUGUACUAAACUUAUAUGUAUGUACUGAAUUUCAGGGUCUGGGUGUACCUUUCAAUAUAGCCAGCUAUGCUCUUCUUACAUGUAUGAUAGCUCAUGUCACUGGUCUUAAGGUAAGUCUUUGCACUGCUCCUUUUGAUUACAGGACAUUAUCUGCAACAGAUUAUAUCCUUGAGUGAUGUCAUAGUUGAAGUCUUGCAACUCUUAAAUGGCAUCCAUCUGCAAGCAUCCUAUUGGCGGUCCUCAUAUGGCGGACUGUUUAAUGAAAAUUACCCAUCAUUAAUUUUGCUAACUAAUUAUAAAAAGUGUUGGACUGUAAUAAAGCUUUAAAAUUGAUUAAUAAGACACAAACAAAUUGUGUCAAUAUAACAAUAUAAGUUACGCUUUAAUAAUAAUUAUACAUUAUACACAAGUAAACGUUUUGGCACAUGCUUUCAUCAGUACAAACUAACAAAACAGAUUAAAAUUAGUAUAAAUUAAAUUUACAUAAUAUAAAUAUACGUACCUACCUAAAACAGAAAAAAACUAAUUAUAACUGAUUAUAAAAAAUUAGUUAAUGAAACUUAAUUCUGACUGCUACUAUUUAUAUGUACGUGUCUUCUGUCAUUUUUAUUACUAGAUUAUUUUGACAUACUAGUGUAGUUUUCUCUGAUUGUAAUUAAAAAUUUUUUAAAAAUAAUUCAAAUAAGCUUAUUUAAGUUUCCUUCCAUUUUUUAAAGUAAACUUAAACAUUUUGUAUAGUUACGCAUUUUUUAAAAAUGGCGUCAUCCAAAUUAGCUCAAAAACAUAUGCGUGAUUUUGUAAUCACUUCAUUUAGUCUUUUACCUACUACUUUGUCCAAGAAUUGUACAGAUCUAUCUUUUAAUAUUUUUAAGAAAACACGUUAUACUACUCAUGUCAAUUUUUUAAAUAAUUGCAUUCGCAAACGUCUUAUAUUACAAGGUUUUAAUACUAAUUUUUAUCCUACUGGUUGUGCCUUUAAUUCGCUUGAUAAAUCUAAACUUUUGGCCAUUGAAAAUAAAUGUGCUUUUAGUCGCAUGAGGACUGUCUUAAACUCCCACAAACGCUUCAUAUCUCAACUCACUGAUAGGAUUUGUACCCUGGAAGAAUAUGUUCGAAAGAAUACACAACAUAAUUACUUAUUAUUCGAUCUCAUUCGUUUAAUUAUUCAUGGACUCAAUAGGGAACUCUAUAUUUUAUUAUCCGAUGGAAAGAAGAAAAAAAUUGAAAAUCUUAAAUCUGCCAAGAAUCCAAUGGGUACCACAACUCCCGUAACGGAAAAUGAACCAAACCUAGUGGUUUAUAUAACGCCAGAUCUUUCACUAUUUGAACAAGAAAGACAACGCAAAUCUACAUGGACACCUCCUCCUGAUCAAUCUAAACCACUUGACCUUUACAUUAAAUGUACAGAGAAUCAAAUAAAAAAUCUACGCCAAACUCCACUCCAUAACUCAAACUUAUCUAAACAAGAAUGGCGAGCACUCUCUCAUAUAAAAAAACGUCAGGAUAUCAUUAUUAAACAAGGGUGGAGCUGUUGUUGAUUGGGAUAAGAAGCUGUACAUUGAAGAGGCCUCCAAAAUUUAUAUAAAAGAUAAAACCUUUUACACGCCGAGGUCCAACGACCCCAUUGUUCAGAAUAAUGAAAUUGUCAAGGAAAUUAUCGAAGAACUUAUUCAAGUUGGCAAAUUACCCGCGUCUGCCUCAAACUUACGUAUUUAUGACAGUGAUCUUGGUAAACCAUGCUUGUAUUUGUUACCAAAGAUUCACAAGGAGGGAAGUCCAGGAUUAUCGAAGAACUUAUUCAAGUUGGCAAAUUACCCGCGUCUGCCUCAAACUUACGUAUUUAUGACAGUGAUCUUGGUAAACCAUGCUUGUAUUUGUUACCAAAGAUUCACAAGGAGGGAAGUCCAGGAAGACCUAUUGUCUCAGCUUGUUCUUGUCCUACUGAACUGAUUUCGGAAUUUUUGGAUACAAUUUUCCAGCCCAUGGUUGAAAAUUUACCAUCGUAUAUUAAGGACACUAACCACAUGAUCAAAUCUCUCGAGUCCUUGGUUUUACCUAAUGAAACCCAUUCACUUUUUACAAUGGAUGUUUCUUCACUGUACACCUCAAUUCCCCAUACUGAUGGACUCACCGCUAUUUCAUUUUUUCUGAAUAAGAAUCCUAAUCCUAAAUUUUCAACAAGGGCCAUUGUACGUUGACAGAAUUGGUUCUACAGCUUAAUUCGUUUGAAUUUAAUGGCGAAUUUUUCUAUCAGAUUAGUGGUGUUGCUAUGGGAGCGAAAAUGUGACCAAGUUAUGCAUGUUUAUUUAUGGGCCAUUUGGAACAUCUUUGGAGAGAACACUACGAAGGUCCUUUCCCAGAAUACUACAGAAGAUACAUUGAUGACUGUAAAGGGAUUACUAAUAUGGACAUAACACAACUAGAAAGUUUUAUUUACUUCAUUGGAGAUUUUCAUCCAACAAUUAAAUUCACUUCAAUGAUCCAUAAAAGCACCAUCAAUUUUUUGGACUUACAAAUUAACCUUCAUGAGAACAAAAUAUCUACGUCCAUUUUUUAUAAACAGACAGUCAUAGUUUUUUGCUAUAGUCCCAUCCUCAUUGGUGUAAAAACUCCAUCCCAUUUUCUAAGUUGCUGAGACUCAGAAGACUAUGUAGUAAUGAUGAGGAUUUUGGAGAAAGAAUGGCUGAAAUGUUGGAUUUUUUCCGACGCAGGUUAUACCCCCAAAGAAAUUUUUAAAGCAAAAAAUUUUCAGAAAACCUCUUUUCGCUUUCCGGACGGACAAGAGCCUUAGGGACAUGCUAGUUAGAAGCCACCUCCCUGCUAUUAAAGCACAUAAAGGCACAAGAAGUUGCAACCGUAGCUGUUGUAACUUAUGUCCCUACGUGAUCGAAACUUAUAAAAUCACUUUCCCUCUGGAAGUAUUCAGAAUAAAGAUGGCUUUACCUGCACAAGUCACAUCAUGAUUUACACCAUCAUUUGCAAAAAGUGCUGUAAAUUAUACAUAGGAGAGACAGGUCGUCGCCUUGGGGACCGGUUCAGAGAGCACCUCUAUGGCAUAAAUAAACACGUUCUCUGUUCGGUCUCCAAACAUUUCAAUAGCCCUAACCAUGAUGGUAUCUCAGACAUCACAGUUACUGGUAUACUCUAUACUAGUAACACUACAGAUAGAAUCUAUAUGGAGAAUAAAUUAAUAACUAGAUUUGGUACGUUGUCUCCAUAUGGAAUGAACCAAAUCCACAAUUUUACGUAGGCCUAGAUGCCAAGUCUUUUUCCUGUUUGGUUUUUACAAUUAUGUUAAAAUCACUUCCUUUCUACUCCUCUUUACUUUGUUUUUGUCUGGUUUUAAUGCCCUCUCCUAUUUUUUCUCUUUUAGGUAGGAUAUAUAAUAUUAUGUAAAUUUAAUUUAUACUACUUUAAAUUUAAAUGUGUUUUCUUUGUUUGUACUGAUGAAGGCAUGUGCCGAAACGUUUACUUGUGUACAAUGUAUAAUUAUUAUUAAAGCCUAACUUAUAUUGUUAUAUUGACACAAUUUGUUCGUGUCUUAUUAAUCUAAAUAAAUUUUGUUAGUGUGUAUAAUUUCUUUCAGCCCGUCACCAAAAAGUUUUAGAAGCACUCCACUUUCAGAUCAUAUUUAGACCAAUACAUCACAAUGUAAUCCGUGUCAAAUUUUAUCACCUUUUUUUUCCCCCAGACUGGAGACUUUGUUCAUACAUUAGGUGAUGCCCAUGUAUAUGUCAACCAUGAAGAGCCUUUAAAACUACAAGUGAGCAUUUUUAUGGUUUAUUAGUUUAUUCUAGAUCCCAAAGUUAUGUAGUCAAGAAGUAAAUAACAUUUAUCUGAAGUUAUGCUGUAAAGAGGUGAAUAUGUAAAAAAUAUGUUACUCGAGUAAAUUGAAAAAUUAAAUUUGCUUUUAUUUUUUUCAAAAAGUUCGUUUUUCAGCUAAGGUACACAAAACAAGAAUAUCUGUUUUAAAAAAAAAGAUUAAUAGCAUUUUUCUUUGCAGAUUUCACGUCAGCCUAGACCAUUUCCACAACUGGUAAUAAAGCGUCAAGUAACAGAUAUUGCAGAUUUUAAAGUUGAUGACUUUGAAAUCGUAAACUACAACCCCCAUCCAAGAAUUAAAAUGGAAAUGGCUGUAUAGUUGAGAAGUGAGAGGUAUUAAAAGACAUGUAGCGUAGAUGUGAAAAGAUGGUUCAUUUGUUACAAGACAUUUUUUUUCUUAUAGAAACGCUUUUAAAGCUGAUGUCUGCUUCAUAUUAAUUAUAAUAAAGUGAGCCAUCUGCAAACAAGCAAACUAUAUAAAAUAUUUUUUUAAAAGAAGUAAAAUUUAAUAAAACAGCAAAUUAAGAUAAUUUAUGUCAGUAAAGUUUAAACAGUUAUUGCAACUACACAGCAUAGAAAACCACAUAAGUCAUCUAAAUUAAUGAGUAAUAAAUCACAUCUGUUGCAGAAAUUCCACACACAUUCUUAGUUUUGUUCACAUCACUUUGUGAAUUAACAAUCUUCCAAACGCCUCAUACGAUAUUUUACAAAUUUUUGUAAAAUUGCAAAGUUCAUUUAGGUUUGAAACUUUGCCCCAAUACUCCCUUUUGACAUUCAGUUUCGUUGCUUGUAACUUGUACCGGUAUCCUUAAUUGUCUGUAGUUGCUGGUAUUCUCAAUUAUCUUUGAUUGUCUGUAUCAGACCUGUUUACCCUCAAACUCUUAAAAUCGUACAAUAUCACAAAAGCGCUCAAUACAUUAUCUUAAUAGUAAAAAAAAACAUAGUGUAUAUAAUGUAUACAUCUCGAAAUCGUACAUUGUACGCUAAAAUCGUAAGAGUAAACAGGUCUGUUGUAUCCUCAAAUAUAUUUGCCUAAGUUGUGUUUUGAUGUUAAUAAAUUAAAAUUGUAUUUUUCAUUAUUGCUUACAUUCUCGAAAUCGUACAUUGUACGCUAAAAUCGUAAGAGUAAACAGGUCUGUUGUAUCCUCAAAUAUAUUUGCCUAAGUUGUGUUUUGAUGUUAAUAAAUUAAAAUUGUAUUUUUCAUUAUUGCUUACAUUUACAUAGCUGUACUGUCAUUUUAAACUUGUAUAAAUUUCAUCUUAAUAUUUUAUGUUGAUGUGAAAUUGAGAUACCACACUCUUGUGUUCAACUGUAAAAAUAUUCAAUAAACUUGACAUUGUUGUUUAAAUAUGGUCAUAUGAUUAUGAUUGUUCAUAGUGUAAUAUAUUUGUUCACUUUAAAGUUAGGGUGGAGAGGAGAGACAUGAUUUAAUAAGCACCGUGUUAAAUUAAGCAAAAUUAAUUUUCAUUCCACACAAUAAAUAUUUGCUGAAACCUCUUAUAUAUAUUUUGCUUGUUGUAUUUCUGGAUAGCACGCAUAUAAUUGACUAUGCUAUAAGUGAUUUUUUAAAAAAUAACAUAGCUUUGGUGUGUAAUAUUUGUUUUUUCGGAAAAAAGAAAUUGUCUCAAUUUAAAUGUGGUGUAAUAAUUAUUCGGUUUAAAAGUGGUUGGAACAUCAGAAUAUUAUAGUUCAUGGUCGUGAAAUAAAAAGUGUGCGGUGAUGUAUCUUGGGGGGGAAGGGAUGUAGCGAAAAUUGGGAUUCUUAAAUGUGCAUUACUUAAGUUCAUGUUUUGUCUAGUAGAUGGGAAAUUCGCGCAUUGUUGUUGCCAAUGUUUGGAGAGCUAUAGCUAGUUUCAAAUAUUUUAUUACCGGUACCUUACACUUACAUGUAAAAAUAUAUGGUAUUUUAUAAGAUUGGUAAUGUUGCUUAAAGGUGGUGUUUGUAGUAUAUGUUUGUAACAUUGUUUGUCUAGUAUUGUAAAAAUUAAUUUUGAUGUAUUCUUAUUUACAACAGUAAAACUUUUGCAAACCAGCCAUCACUGCCACUUUUGAUGUGAAGAAUGCACAAUGUAUUUUAUUUUUAUGGCAUGUUAAUUGCUUGGUUUUUUUCAGCUAAAAACUUAUUUGAUGUAUAUAAAUCAUUUAAAAAACAUGUACAUAGUUUAAAUGUAACACAAUAUCUAAAAUAAUCUUUAAUAGUAAGUAAGGUAUGGAUAAUUAUUUUCAAAAUACUUUCAACCAUGGACAUUGAGUGGUAAUGAUACUGAAAGGAUUUCUAGAAAUUGGUUAAGGUAUUGUACUCUCCCCC